AUGGGAUGCAGGUCUUGGCAAUAUUGCCUGGCGCCUGCCCUACCUACUGCCUGUCCCAAGCUGCUGGAAAGUAAUGUGGCAGAAGAGGAUCUGGGGAUCGUGGUGGACACCAAGUUGAACAUGAGCCAGCAGUGUGCCCCUGUGGCAGAGAAGGUGAAUGGGCUGCAUAAGGCAAAGCGUUGUCAGCAGGUCGAGGGAGGGGCAAUCUCUGGAAGUCCCCUAAUUGGCGCUCUUCAGAAGGAUGUGCUGACGGGGCGAGUAAUUGGAGGCCACGAGGCCCAACCAAACAGCUGGAAGUGGCAGGUAUCGCUUCAGAUUGCCUAUGAUGACUACCCAGGAUACUACUCUCACAUCUGCGGUGGAACGCUUAUCAGCCCCAAAUGGGUCAUGACUGCAGCCCAUUGCCUCAGCACGUUAGAAGGAGCUUCCUACCGAGUGGCUCUGGGUGAGCACAAUCUCUUGAAGGUGGACGGCACCGAGUACUAUAUUGAUGUGGAAAGAGUCUUCAUUCAUAAUGACUGGAAUCCCAAUAACAUUGCCAAUGGCUAUGACAUUGCCCUGCUGCGCCUCGACUCUCUUGCCUAUGACAAUGGGUUCAUUGAGCUGGGAGUGCUUCCACCUGAAGGAGAAAUUUUGCCCAAUAAUUAUCCCUGCUAUAUUACCGGAUGGGGGGUGGUUAGUGUGGAUGGCAACAACCCAGACACACUGCAGGAGGUGAUGCUGCCGGUGGUCGACCAUGAGAUCUGCUCCCAGAAUGACUGGUGGGGAUCUCAAGCAAAAACCACUAUGAUAUGUGCAGGUGGAGACGGCGUGAGGUCUGGAUGCAGUGGGGACUCUGGGGGCCCUCUCAACUGCUACAAAGACGAUCGCUGGCAAGUCCACGGGAUUGUCAGUUUUGGGCUAGUUCCUUACUGUAACACCUACAAGAAGCCAACAGUCUUCACACGUGUGUCAGCCUACGUGGACUGGAUCUACAGC